GUUCCCAUGCCCGCGUUCCCGUGAUCCCAUUCCCGUGCUCCGUCGCGGGGCGGUGCAGGGUACCGCGCGCUGGGCGCGGCGGCGGACGGGAGCCUGUGCCUGGCCAUGGAGUUCGGGGGGGAGCAGUCGCUGCACGAGCGCAUCGAGGAGCGCCGCGGGCGGGGCCUGGGCGCCUUCCCGCCCGGCACCAUCCUGCGCGUGGCCCUCUGCGUGGCCCGCGGCCUCCAGUACCUGCACACGGAGCAGCGGCUGCUGCACGGCGACAUCAAGUCCCCCAACGUGGUCGUGCGCGGCGACUUCGAGGCCGUCAAGAUCUGCGACGUCGGCGUCUCGCUGCCGCUGGACGAGAACCUCACCGUGCGCGACCCCUCCCUGCGCUACGUGGGCACGGAGCCCUGGACGCCGCCCGAGGCGCUGGAGCCGGGCGCGCCCAUCUCGGACCGCGCCGACAUCUUCGCCUUCGGCCUCACGCUCUGGGAGAUGCUGGCGCUGAGCGUGCCCCACCUGCCGCCGCCCCACAGCGACUCCCAAGAGGACUCGAGCUGCUCCGAGGACUCCCUGGACGAGGCGGCGUUCCAGGCGGCGCGGGAAUGCUGGGCUGAACCAGCGGGAAAACGGAGCGGGAAUGCCGGGAUAAACCAGCGGGAAUUGUGGGAUAAACCAGCGGGAAAAUGGAGCUGGAACGCUGAGAUAACGGAGCGGGAAUUCUGGGAUAACGGAGCAGGAAUGCCAGGAUAA